CGGCAAUAUCGGGCAAUUACUUCUAACCAUUUCUUCCAAGACCCAUCUUAUCUCUCUUGCCGGAAUUCUCCCGCCAAGACAGAGCCACUUCGACCUCCGUCCUUCACUUGCAUUUCUUUUCCGAGUCAGUUUUUCUUCUUUCCCUUUUAAUUUCCGAACAAUUUUUUUGCUCCCUCUUUCUGGGUUUUUUUUUUUCUUUUUGUUGGAGGCUCUCUCGUCUCUUUUCGUCUGUGUUUGGUGUGUUUAUACUGACAUGUCUCAAAUUUCAAAUAGUUAAUCGUGAUUUGUUUAUGGGAUUUGUUGAAUGAUUCAGCUGGAUAUUUUCCUCUUUCUGUAAAUCUUCUAAUAGUCUAAUGAUGAAAAGAAUUUCUUGGCUUGCUAGUGAAUUAAGGAGCUCUGAGUUGUCAAUUUACGCGGUGUUGAGCACAAUUGUUCUUGUUGCUGUUAGGAACCUGAUAUUUCUUUUAAGUUAGGCGUAUCUAGGGGAUAGAGGAAAUCUCUUUGUUUUCCUCUCAGGGUUAUUCGGUUGAUAUCUUGCAUGAGCCGUGAAGAUUUGUGAGUGACAUGGGGACUCAUGUGAUACAUAUUCUAUCCAGUUCUCAAUGUAUAAACACCGAGUUAUUCUCCUCUCAGGUUAGAUAUAUUUAAUGAAAUUUCCAAAACUCGUAGCAUCAAGAUAAGAGUUUAUUGAUUUUAUCCACAGAAUUGUUGAUCCUUAUUUCUGAUAAAGUUGAGAUUUCUAGGCCCUUUCUGAUAUAUGAAUCCACUAACUUUAUUGCCCUCACAAUUAUAGCUUCUUUCGUCCCUGUGAGCCUUUGUUCUAUACUACUUUAGUAUCUAGAAUGUAGUUUUAUUACACCAUUUUAGGAAUCCUCUGUUUCUGGAGUUAAUGUUAUGGUCAUCUCUAUAAUCAUUUGAGUUUUCAUGUUUAUGCUGCAACUUUUCUCUUGCUAUUUGGUGACAAUCUACUACGUCAGCUAUACAGGGACUCAUAUUUUUUCUCUGUGCCUUGUUGUAACUACUUGUGGUAGUUAAUGGCCUCAGUUCUGAUUCCAAGAACAGUAACUUUGGUUUGGAAAUGAAAUUCAUAAACCAAAGAUGAUAUGUAUUUGAAGGAAGUUUUAGACUUAUAUCGAAAGAAAAGAAAUGUUGUAUAUAUUCAAGGAGGUUCAAGACUUGGGGGAAAAAAGAGUUAGAAAAUUUUGCGAUACAUGAUAUGGAUAUUGGAGUGAGUCCAAAAUUGCGGUUGUAAAUGUUGUUUCUCUGUCUCUAAGAUAGUAGAAUUUGUUGAAGCAUUUGAUUUCUGAUUUCUGGAUAUAUUUGCUAUUUAAAAAAUUCAGAUUUUAAUAUAAACUUUCCUUUUUGUAUAAUUGGUAUGAUUUUCCAUGCUUCAAGCAAUCACUCUUCCCUAGGCGAAGAAGUUCGUCAUCUGUAAUUAAUAAUGAGCGUAGUUAAAUUAGCUUUCCUUCAAGACUUAUCUUUAAUCAGUUUUCUAUAGGGCAACACUAAGCCAUUAUGUAGAAUUUCUUUGAAUUUAUUACUUCUAGACGACGCUUCCCUUUGGGCUUUAUGUUCCAGUGAAAAAGUAUUGAACCUACAAUGUCUGUUGUCGUUUCAUCCAUGUUAGGAGGGGACUUAGAACUACAGUAGCGAAUGCCCUCAGAGCUAAUUUGGAUUCAGCAAUUGGAAAUUGCAAUUAUUUCUCGAGUUGUUGACUUUCAUCAAUCUAUGGUGAUAAAUGCCUUACAUGUGAUUAGUUGUUUAUCUCUGUUCUGAAACUCCGAUGUGGUACUAUUUUAAUCCAUGUUACCUUCUAUAUAACUGCCAGAAUGCGUUGAAGACUGCUAAGAGGAAUCCACUUUCGAGUUCUUGCUUGACAGCUAGCGGCACAUUAGAUGGCUUACCGCGUCAUUUGAGGUGGAAGCAACAAAAAUUCAUUCUUUCAGUUGCGAAUGGUGAUCGUGUCGCGACAGACUAUGGGAAAAAGGACACUUCAGAUGCUGAGAAAUCAGAAUUAGAUGAUGGGUCGUCUUCAGUGAAUGAAUUAUCCCUGAAUUCUUCAGAAAGAGCUGGAGAAAAUUCAUCUAAUACUCUAAAAGGUUCAGUAUCACAGCUCUCAGAAAUGAAAAAUGACACACUUUCUUCCACAAAUUCGAAAAAUACAAAAGAGAAAACACCUUCACCCAACCCAAAACCGUCCCUAAAAAGAUCUCCAUUAACUGCCAGAGAGAAACUUAGGGCUGCCAAAGUUCUCAGUCGUUACACGGAAUCGAAAGCAACCAAACCAGAACUGGGAAGCAGAGUACUGGAAGUGCUGAAAGAAAGUGAUAAAGGGAAAAGGAGACCAGGUCUCCCCGAAGCCCCUACCAAUCUGUUUGAUGACAGCAAAAGAGGAAUGCCUAAACCUGGUUGGACAUUCGAAUUUCCGGGUGGCUUUGAUGUAUUUCUGAUUGCAUUUUCAUUUGUAUUCAUCAGCUCCGUGAUGUUUGCAACAACUUUUCUCGUUUGGAAAGCCGGUGGCAUUCAUUACAAUGAAUUUUAAGUCUUACAUUGACUUAGCUGAUGAUAGUGGGAUGACGAGGGUCAUUUCAGGUUAUUUGCUGCCAUAAUGCCAUUGCUUUGUAUACAUGGCUGUAGAGUCUGGACACUUGUUUCUCUUGUAGCAUUAUAUACAUUUGAAUGUACAUAAGUUCACCUUGGCCAGUAAUACUAUCUAUGUCCAUUCGCAUCUUUCAUAUGUCUCCCUAAUGAAAUGUAAUGCUGAUCAGGGCGACAGGUCCCAAAAACUAUUGGUUCCAUACUUCCAUC